UCCGGCUCGGCCGUUGUAUUCGCUUCCGCGGGCCCCGGCUGGGUCCCUUACUCAGUGGUCGCCGCGACUCUACCCCGGUGAGCGGAGCAGGGGCGGGGAGGGAGGUGCUGUCCGGGCCGGGGUCGCUGGGUUGGAGCAGCGGCCGCCCGCAGCCCUGAUCGGCGACGCCGGCCCGGUGCACGCUUUUCCUCCGCCGCCGGUGGCGCGGUCCCUGUGGCGCUCUGCAGCCGCCAGUUGUAGGGCCGCCUCUUUGUCCCGUAUCCUUGACCAGCCGAGCCUGGCCAGGAGCCUGGCAGCUGCCGGUACAGCGGAGAAACAGGCAGACAUGGCCAGGUGACACCCCCAUUGCCCUCUGUCUCCAUCUCUGAAAACAGCUCCUGAGACCUGAAUUACAGAGCAUCAUUUUAAUUGGACAAACUGCAGCUGAAACAAGCUUCUCUUGGAGGUCACAAUGGCCACCCAAGGCAGGGGAACUUUAGGCCUCCUCCCUAGGGGUGCUGUUCUGCAGAAACAGGAGGGGCGCCAGACCAUGAAGCAGGAGCCAGGGAGCCAUACCUGGGGUCAGGGCUGCAGUCUCCAAAAGAACCACCCUUCUGUCUGUGAAAUUUUCCGGCUGCACUUCAGGCAGUUAUGUUACCAUGAGAUGUCUGGGCCGCAGGAGGCCCUGAGCCGGCUCCGGGAGCUCUGCCACUGGUGGCUGAUGCCAGAGGUACACACCAAGGAGCAGAUCCUGGAGCUGCUGGUGCUGGAGCAAUUCCUGAGCAUCCUGCCUGGGGAGUUACGGACCUGGGUGCAGCUGCAUCACCCUGAGAGUGGCGAGGAGGCUGUGGCUGUGGUGGAGGAUUUUCAGAGACACCUAGGAGAGGUUUCAGCUCCUGUACAAGAACAGGAAAUGCAUUUGGAGGAGACGACAGCCCUGGGUACAACGGAAGAAUGUCUUCCUACCUCACCCUUCAGUGAAGGUUCAUCCUCUGGAGCCCACCUAGAGCCUCCUCAUGACCAAGGGACACACGUCCUCCCCAGUGGGCACUCUGGUGCUCAACUCCCCAGCUCUGGCCUCAAAUCUUGCCUCCCUUUUCUCUUCAAGUCUCCCUUAUCUCCCUAUAACCCACCCUGUUGGAAUUCGUCAUUGCCCUACCCUCUUUCUUCCUUUCCUAGUGAGUUUGUCUGUUCCUUUUUCUUAUUCUCCAAUCAUUCAUGUAUUUAUUGGCAGAGAGUCAGUCAACUGCAAGAAGAGGCCUCCUUAAUAGAAGUUGUUUUCUUUUUCCUUUUGGCAACAGGUGAGACUAGGAUGCGGCGUUCAGAGUUGCCUGCAAAGCAGGAAGUUUCUAAGGGACCGGCGUCAUGUGAUGGGACAUCAAGAGGCCUCCGUGGAGUAGUUUCUGGGGAACCAGAGACAGGAGUACCUUCCUGUGAAGGUACUUUAGAGAAGCUGAAAGGACAACCCUCAGAUGAAGAAGGGAGCCGACCGGAAAGUGAUUUCUUCAAAAUAACACACGAGGAUAAAGAUAAAUCCACAAAAGAUGGAUUUGAUGAAUAUAAUGAACUUGGGAAAUAUCCAGAUCUGCCCUCUAGUGCUGCAGAACAUCAAGGAGUUCUGAAGGGACAGAAAUUUUAUCAAUGUGAUGAAUGUGGUAAAGCUUUCAAUCGAAGUUCACACCUCAUUGGGCAUCAGAGAAUUCACACUGGAGAGAAACCCUAUGAGUGUCAUGAAUGUGGUAAGACCUUCAGGCAGACCUCUCAGCUCAUAGUUCAUCUCAGAACCCACACAGGGGAAAAGCCCUAUGAGUGUGGUGAGUGUGGAAAGACUUACCGACACAGCUCCCAUCUUAUUCAACACCAGAGACUCCAUAAUGGUGAGAAACCAUAUAAAUGUAAUGAAUGUGCAAAAGCCUUCACUCAAAGCUCCCUACUGAUUGACCACCAGAGAACGCAUACUGGGGAGAAACCUUAUGAAUGCAAUGAGUGUGGUGAGGCCUUCAUUCGUAGUAAAAGUCUGGUCAGACAUCAAGUAGUUCACACUGGCAAAAAACCUUACAAGUGUAGUGAGUGUGGUAAAGCUUUCUGUUCUAAUAGAAAUCUUAUUGACCAUCAGAGGAUCCAUACUGGGGAGAAGCCUUAUGAGUGUAAUGAAUGUGGCAAGGCCUUUAGUCGGAAUAAAUGUCUUGUUCGACACCAGAGCCUCCACACUGGGCAAAAACCAUACAAAUGUAGUGAGUGUGGAAAAGCUUUCUCUCAGAACUCUCAACUUGUUGACCAUGAGCGAAUUCAUACUGGAGAAAAACCUUUCGAAUGUAGUGAGUGUGGUAAGGCAUUUAGUUUGAGUAAGUGUCUUAUUCGACAUCAGAGACUUCACACAGGUGAAAAGCCCUAUAAAUGCAAUGAGUGUGGAAAAUCCUUCAACCAAAACUCACACCUUAUUAUUCACCAGAGAAUUCACACUGGUGAGAAGCCUUAUGAAUGUAACGAGUGUGGGAAGUUCUUCAGUUAUAGCUCCAGUCUCAUGGUACAUCAGAGAACCCAUACUGGGGAGAAACCCUAUAAAUGUAGUGAUUGUGGGAAAGCCUUUAGUGACAGCUCACAGCUCAUUGUGCAUCAGAGAGUUCACACAGGAGAGAAACCCUAUGAAUGUAUUGAGUGUGGGAAAGCCUUCAGUCAGCGUUCCACUUUUAACCACCACCAGCGAACUCACACUGGAGAGAAGCACUCAGGUCUGGCUCGCUCAGUUUCUUAAGAUGUGAUUUUUCCAAGGAACUUUGAAGUAAGGUUUUUUUUUUAUAAGAAGGAUUCUUAAAACUCCUCAUCAAAAUGUACCAGUCCCUACAUACUUUCUGGUGAGUCAUGAAGGUGGGAGAGUGGGAGUCACAGUCUAAUCCUUUUCUGCUGUUAGGGAAGUAGGGACUACACAUUUCAUGUACUUGUAAGUUUAUUUAUUGUUUUGCUCAUUCUUUCUUUUAAACUGUUGAAAAAUCUAACUCAUUUCUCAGUUCUGCAUCCCAUAAUCAGAAUGUGUGCUUUUCAAGGACAGAGAUGAUAUGUUUCCUAUUCUACUCCAUGUCCUCUGUUUUACUGCUUACAUAAGUCAUAUUGCAAGAUGGAUUCAUUCUUUCCUUUCUCUUGACUAAGGCUCUCCAUAUAUAGUUUUUAAACUUCCACUCUAAUUCAGGCCCUCAACACUUGUGUUCCCUACCUAUGAAACCUUUUUUUUUCCUGUUAGCUAAUAUAUAUCCCUUAGAUUCUUCCAGAUCCCUCUCAUUUCUAAAGACCUUGAAAUGCUAUUUCUUCCCUCUUAAACUUCUAUUCAUUUGACCUCAGUGCUUCCAGUUAUUUGGUGCUACAGUGUGCAACUGUUAAAUUACCUUGCCAAUUCUUCUUUUUUUUUUUUUUAAAGAUUUUAUUUAUUUAUUUGACAGAGAGACAGUCAGCGAGAGAGGUAACACAAGCAGGGGGAGUAGGAGAGGAAGAAGCAGGCUCCCAGUAGAGGAGCCUGAUAUGGGGCUCGAUCCCAGAGUGCCGGGAUCAGGCCCUGAGCCGAAGGCAGACGCUUAACGACUGAGCCACCCAGGUGCCCCAUCCUUGCCAAUUAUUCUGAACUUAACAUGUAUGUGUAUGCUUUCGCAUCAACUUAUUGUAGGCUCUUUAAGGCUAGGUAUGGUAUCUAUUCUUUUAGCGUAUAGAUAAUAAUUUUCAUAUAGUAGAUGUUUAAUAAAUUUUUGAAAGUCUGCUCUAAGUUGCACCAUCCUUAAAUUGGGUAUAAGAUCCCCUUCCCCACCCCAAUCAGACUAGAGGCUUCUAAAGAUGGAAGUGGUAUCUCAUUGUAGGAUAUCACAUACAGGGGCCUCAUUAUAUCUUCUACUUGUAUUCCUGGACAUACCACUGUUACUUCAUUGUUGGUUUCUGAUAAAUACUCUAUUGUGUUUAGGAAGUUUCCUUCUAUUCCUGUUAUUUAUUUUUGUUUGUUUUAUGUAGGCUCCAUGCAUAUGUGGGGCUUGAACUCAUGACCUCAUGAUCAAGAGUUGCAUGCUCUACUGACUGAGCCAACCAGAUGACCCUCUAUUUCUGUUUUUAGAAAAAGCAAGAUAGUACAGUAAUUCAGAACACUGAUUUUGUGCCCAAUACCCUAAUUCACCUGGCUCCACCACUUGUCUAGGUGUGUGGCCCUGGGCAAGUUACUUAGCUUCCUUGUGUGUCAGUUCUUCCAUCUGUAAAGUAAAGCUGUGGUUGUUAGGAUAAAAGUAGUUCAUAAGUGUUAAGCAUUUAGAACAGUACUUGGCACUUAGUACCCAUAUAGCAAUUAUUACUGUGCUUAGAGUUGCUAAGUUCUAUCAGGUUUUUUUAAAAAAAAAAAAUCUGUUGGUGUAAUUUUAUGGGUCAUGUCCUUUAUUUUUGUAAUUCACUUUCUAUUUUUUUACAAGUUUCCAAAUGAUUGAAAUUUCCUUGAAGUCCUGGAAUAAAAUCCAUUUGUUUGUGGUA